AUGGAUCAUGCUGAAGAAAAUGAAAUCCUUGCAGCAACCCAGAGGUACUAUGUGGAAAGGCGUAUCUUUAGUCAUCCGGUCCUCCAGGAGAGACUGCACCAGAAGGACAAGGUUCCGGAUUCCAUUGUAGAUAAGCUGAAACAGGCCUUCACAUGUACUCCUAAAAAAAUAAGAAAUAUCAUCUAUAUGUUCCUACCCAUAACUAAGUGGCUGCCUGCAUACAAGUUCAAGGAGUAUGUGUUGGGUGACCUGGUCUCAGGCAUAAGCACAGGGGUGCUUCAGCUGCCUCAAGGUUUGGCCUUUGCAAUGCUGGCAGCUGUGCCUCCGGUGUUUGGCCUGUACUCUUCAUUUUAUCCCGUUAUCAUGUAUUGUUUUCUCGGAACCUCCAGACACAUAUCCAUAGGUCCUUUUGCUGUUAUUAGCCUGAUGAUUGGUGGUGUGGCUGUUCGAUUAGUACCAGAUGAUAUAGUCAUUCCAGGAGGAGUAAACGCAACAAAUGGUACGGAAGCCAGAGAUGCCUUGAGAGUGAAAGUCGCCAUGUCUGUGACCUUACUCUCAGGAAUUAUUCAGUUUUGCCUAGGUGUCUGUAGGUUUGGGUUCGUGGCCAUAUAUCUCACAGAGCCUCUAGUCCGUGGGUUUACCACCGCAGCAGCUGUGCAUGUCUUCACCUCCAUGUUAAAGUACCUGUUUGGGGUUAAAACAAAGCGGUACAGUGGGAUCUUUUCGGUGGUGUAUAGUACAGUUGCUGUGUUGCAGAAUGUUAAAAACCUCAACGUGUGUUCCCUAGGCGUCGGGCUGAUGGUUUUUGGUUUGCUGUUGGGUGGCAAGGAGUUUAAUGAGAGAUUUAAAGAGAAAUUGCCGGCACCCAUUCCUUUAGAGUUCUUUGCGGUGGUAAUGGGAACUGGCAUUUCAGCUGGGUUUAACUUGCAUGAAUCAUAUAAUGUGGAUGUCGUUGGAACACUUCCUCUGGGGCUACUACCUCCAGCCAAUCCGGACACCAGCCUCUUCCACCUUGUGUACGUGGAUGCUAUUGCCAUAGCCAUUGUUGGAUUUUCAGUGACCAUCUCAAUGGCCAAGACCUUGGCAAAUAAACAUGGCUACCAGGUUGAUGGCAACCAGGAGCUGAUUGCCCUGGGACUGUGCAAUUCCAUUGGUUCACUCUUCCAGACCUUUUCUAUUUCAUGCUCCUUGUCUCGAAGCCUCGUUCAGGAGGGAACCGGAGGGAAGACACAGCUUGCAGGUUGUUUGGCUUCGUUAAUGAUUCUGCUGGUUAUAUUAGCCACUGGAUUCCUCUUUGAAUCAUUACCCCAGGCUGUGCUGUCAGCCAUUGUGAUCGUCAACCUGAAAGGAAUGUUUAUGCAGUUCUCAGAUCUCCCCUUUUUCUGGAGAACCAGCAAAAUAGAGCUGACCAUCUGGCUUACAACUUUUGUGUCCUCCUUGUUCCUGGGAUUGGACUAUGGUUUGAUUACUGCUGUGAUCAUUGCUCUGCUGACUGUUAUUUACAGAACACAGAGUCCCAGCUACAAAGUCCUUGGACAGCUUCCUGACACUGAUGUGUAUAUUGAUAUAGAUGCGUAUGAGGAGGUGAAAGAAAUUCCUGGAAUAAAAAUAUUCCAAAUAAAUGCCCCAAUUUACUAUGCAAACAGUGAUUUGUAUAGCAAUGCAUUAAAAAGAAAGACUGGUGUGAACCCAGCACUCAUAAUGGGAGCAAGAAGAAAGGCCAUGAGGAAGUACGCUAAGGAAGUCGGAAACGCAAAUAUGGCCAACGCGACUGCGGUCAAAGUGGAUGCAAAAGUAGAUGGAGAAGAUGGUACUAAGCCUGAGGAAGAGGAUGAUGAAGUAAAAUAUCCCCCAAUAGUCACCAAAAGUACAUUUCCUGAAGAAAUGCAAAGAUUUAUGCCCCCGGGGGAUAAUGUCCACACCAUCAUUCUGGAUUUUACCCAAGUCAAUUUUAUUGAUUCUGUUGGGGUAAAAACUGUGGCAGGGAUUGUAAAGGAAUAUGGAGACGUCGGUAUUUAUGUAUAUUUAGCAGGAUGCAGUGCACAAGUUGUGAAUGACCUCACUAGAAAUAGGUUUUUUGAAAAUCCUGCUUUAUGGGAGCUGCUGUUCCACAGCAUUCAUGAUGCAGUUUUAGGCAGCCAAGUUCGAGAGGCACUUGCUGAACAGGAAGCCUCAGCUCCUCCUCCCCAGGAGGACUUGGAGCCCAAUGCCACGCCUGCCAUUCCUGAGGCAUAG